GUGAGGUGUUUGUGAUCACGUGACCUCGUUGCUAUAGAAACGACUUCUUCUUGGCUAACUUUCGAGUUGAGUGUUUUGUUCUCCGCGGAGUCAUUUCUUUAAGUGCUGAAGAUGGCACCAAAGGUUAAAGUCAAGAAGGCCCGAAAGGGGAAAACGACGUCCUCGGUGAUGGAAGCUCCGUCCAUCAAUAACGAGCUGUCAAAAGAUCAGCUCUGGGAGGAAGGCCUCCUUCGGCUCCAGGAGGAGCUGGACAGAGUGCGGGAGGAGAAAAGGAACUUCCAGCUGGAGAGGGACAAGUACCAGGCUGCCUGGAGCAUCGCGAAGGAAGAGCUGGAAGAGACAGAGGUUCGAGUGAGAUUCAAGAGAAGACAGACGGAGGAGGCCAGGGAGCGCCAUCGAGCAGAGAUUUCUGACUACCAGCAGAGGCUGAAGAACAUGCUGGCGGAGCAGAACAACAGUGUGGCCGACCUGAAGAAAGCCAACGUCUCCUCCUCUCUGCUGCUCCGGAACGAGAUCACCAAGAGGGAGGUGGAGCUGUGCAGAGAGUACGAGCAGCUGCAGGCGGCCUGCAGGCAGAGGAGGUUCCUAAAGAAGGCCUCCAUAAGGAACCUGGAGCUGAAACACCAGGAAGCGAUGAUGAAGAUGAGCAGACACUAUGAGCACAAGCUGAGAGACAUGGCGGAAAUCUUUCAGAUUAGGAGGAAGAAUCUGGUUCAGGACAAGGAAUCCGAAAUGCGGAAUCAGCUGUCUUCCCUGGACACGGAGAUCACAAAACGCUUGGACUUUAUGAUGACCGAUUACCUAAAGAAGCUGAGAGAAUUACAGCUGGUGUGGGAUAAGGAGCAGGAAAAAGAGGAUCCACCUUUUUGUGAGCAGCCGAACAUUCCUCUGCUAAAGAAGAAACCUCAGCUGGGAAGAAAACUUCUGCUGGAGGAGAAAACUGAGCAGGAAGUCCAAGAGAGACAGCUUCAGGAGCAGCAGCAGAAACACAGCCUGAAGGACUUGAUGGCGAGACGGCGCUCUCGUCAGAUGGAGAUGGACAAAGAACUGAGAGAAGAAACGGUGAAAAACGAGUUUCUGCUGCAGGCCUGCAUCCAGCUGGAGCAGGAGUGCAAGGAUUUGCAGAGGAGGGAGAUGGAGACCGUCCUGGACAUCCAGCUGAAGAGUAGUGUGGAGGAGAUGCGGCUGCAGAGGAGGCUGGUUGAGAUGUCGGAGGCUUUGGAGAAGACGGAUGUGAAACUUCUGAGCGUGCUCACACUGACUAGCACAGACCAAGAGACCCGCAACGAUGCAGCCAAAAGAUUGCAGGAGAUCUUUGAAUCCAAACAGGCCCAAAUGGACUCCAUGAAAGAGACUCUGGAGGGAGACUGUAAGGAAUACGACGAGCUGCUGCAAACCUGUAAAGACAAGCCGAGGGCUUCAGGGGGGCACAACUUCCCCUUUAAAUCAGCAAAGGCCAUCCUUAAGGCAGCCCAACCCCUCCCUGACAUCCUCCAGGCUACAGGCUGCUCCACCUUAAAUGCCCGUAAACAAGUCAUGUAAAUGCAUCCUAUAUUUACCAGGUAAUUUGUUCACCCUUCACCUCAAAAAACCUUCAUUAAAGGCUAGAACUCCGGCUGUAAUCAAGGAGAACAGUCUGGGACUACCUUUCAGAUCUUAGCCUUCGUGUUUCGGCUGCAGAAAGCCUUCAUCCUGCUGAGAAGCUGACAUCAUCCUCCUCUUUGUUCUGUUCCUGCUGCCGUUUCUUUUUGCUAGUUUCUGUUCAACUCCAUUUUCUGUCUGUCAUUUUUAUCCUUGGCGUUAAGAAUUAUUGUUCAGAAUAAAGAAGAGUUUAGGAAAACAUCAUCACAAUGACAUCUGGUGGCCAUUGAACUCUGAUUUGAACUUUUCUUUGAUUUCAUGUCUUUCAUAUUAGUUCAUGCCAAUUUCUGUGAGGACUUUUCAUUUAAAGCAGUUUGGCUGUGCUUCUUUACAUACAGACAUUAACAUUUGUUGAGGAGGAUUCUGUACAUUUUAUCCAGAAAGAUGACUGUCUCAACUGCAUUUGGGACUGAGACCCAUCCUGCUCAGAAUGUUUCCUGCUUUGGAGACUAUUCUGUCACGGAACUGAUGAAGCUGGGAUGGGAGAAUGUCGGUCCUGGUCAGCUGGAAUAGAUGAGGGAAUACUCCGACAUGUUGAGUUCAGUGAUCCAGAGGCUCAUCUCCACUUGGUACAAACGGGGCUGAUAAAUGACUUUAAGUCUUAUCAGUUGCAUCAGGAAUGAAAGUGAUUUUUUUUCUACCUCUUAAUAAAAUAAAUAAAAAUAAAAAGACAAUAAAAAAACUGUUUGUGAAAAUAAAAGUAAUAUGAGAUGAAAGACAGUUCUUAUUUUUUUCUGCUUGUGUGCGAAGCUUAAACAAAAAUUCUAUGUAAACUAGAAUGUGAAAAAUAAUAUUAUGAAUAAAAUGAUUUUAGAAUUUUUAA